GAAGUUGCGUCUUUGGCGCGAGUAACAGUAUCAACAAAGCAGAUAUUUUCCGUUUCGCCACACUUUUCUAUUUAAGUUAUUAACUUAAAGUUUUGUUCCCCUAAACACUGUAGACGAAAACUUUUCCGUGCGUAACUAGUAAUAGUGUCUGAAACCGCUUUGUACUUGCUUGCGUAGCAGCUAAUUGCUAGUUAACCUGUUAGCUGCUCAGAGGUUAGCUUAUUCAUUGAAGUAAAAUAUGUGUUCUUCGUGAAAAGUCUCAUCCCACGUUGACUGUAAUUGCGCGGUCUGUAUUUACUGGGAGUCUGAGGUCGACAAAGAGUGGUAAAUUCACCAUGUCCAAAGAAGAAAAGGAAGGCUUCAUUGUCAAGUUUGUGGAAUGUAAAGGACAAAAAUCAGUGUGCGCUGUUAAAGCUUAUGAGGCUAUUUUGGAGCUGCAGUCAGAAAAGUAUUUGAAAAACAUCACUGAGGAUGCCGCUUUGCAGAUGGACCAAAAGGACAAGUCUCUUUAUGUCUUCAACAGCUUCUCCACUCCAGCUUUUUUUCACUGCAAGAAGCUUGGCUGCAGAGUGGUGAGUCCACUGGUGGUUUUGUACUGCCUCCAGCAGCAGCGUUGUGUUCCCAAAGCAGAGAAGCCUGUCUACAACAUGGCCAUGGCUGAUGUUACCAUUUCUUGCACCAGCAUGGAUAAAGCAACACGGACCGAAGUGAUGGAUUUGGUACAACUUAUGGGUGGACGAGUCUAUCUUGACCUUAAUGUUUCUGUUACACACCUGAUAGCAGGGGAAGUGGGUAGCAAGAAAUACCUGGUAGCUGCCAGCCUGGGUAAACCCAUCCUACUGCCCUCGUGGGUCAAAUCCUGCUGGGAGAAAUCUCAGGACAGUCUUUUCAGGUAUACAGACCUGCCUGUGGAACAGUAUUUGUGCCCAGUACUGCAAGGCUGCACGGUUUGUGUUACAGGCCUUUCCAGCACUGAGCGCAGAGAGGUGCAGCGGCACUGUGAGCAGCACGGAGCCAAAUAUACUGGCCAGCUUAAAAUGAAUGAGUGUACACACCUCAUCGUGAGUGAGCCAACAGGACAGAAGUAUGAGUGUGCACAGAAGUGGAAUGUAUAUUGCGUGUCUCUGCACUGGCUGUUUGACAGCAUAGAAAAGGGCUUCUGUCAGGACGAGAGCAGGUAUGCUGUCGAUCGUAGCGCUCCAAAAACCAUCCGACCGCACACUUCCACUCCGACUGGGACCAACAAAAAGGAUGAGGGCCCAUCUCUGUUGGGUUUGAGCCACAUUUCUGUCAAUGCCAGUAUAACCAUUCAUGACACAGCCCUCACUAAUGGCACCAUCAGCCCUCUGGAAGGUCCAGACCCCAUCGAUAGCUUCGACCUCACCAUCUGCCCAGCUGAUGAUGUACUGGACGGCUGUAAGCUCUAUCUAUGUGGCCUGCCAGGAAAGAAAUUGGAGAAGCUGCGUCAUCUUGUGAAUGCUGCAGGAGGCCUGCGCUUCAACCAGCCCAGUGAGGACCUCACACAUGUGGUCGUAGGAGACCUCAACGAAGACCUAAAGAAUUUUCUCGCCAAAGUGACGCACAGGCCUCAUGUAGUAACAGUGCAGUGGUUGCUAGACAGCUUCUCUAAAGGCAGCCUGCUCCCAGAAGCAGACUACCUCCACCCUGACUGCCUGCCCCCAAACCCAGCUGCUGUAACUCUGGUGUCUCUUCACUCCCCCACCUCCAAGGCCAGUAUCACCUCAGUAGUUCCCCCUCUGGCCAGCCCGAGUACACCACAGCAAAUACAAGCCGACGAGGACCUCCUCUCACAGUAUAUGAACGUUGACCAUACAGUAGUUGAAAUGCCUUUGGCAGCAGAGGGUGGCAGCAGGAUAUCCAGUGCUGCAGUUGCAGAGUCCUGGGGACCAGAACCAGACUCCUCAACCUUGCAUGAGGCCAGUGAGGCAGGCCUGUUUGCCGGGAAAAGUUUCCUUCUUGUGGGGUUUGGUUCCGAGGCUGAGGCUCAGUUCUCUCUAUUAGUGACAGAAAAUGGAGGAAAAGUCUUGUUGAAGCGGACACGCAUUGUGGCGGACUAUGCCGUGGUCCCACUGUUGGGCUGUCCAGUGGAGGCCACAGUGGACGAGGUCGUCACUGAUACCUGGCUGGCCAUGUGUUUGGAGAAUGAGUGUGUUCUGCAGGUUUCCUCCAACCCUUUGUUCACCCCUGUUCCUGUUAUGGAAGGACAUUUUCCUCUCAAAGACUGCGUCCUCUCCAUCAGCCAGUUCACCGGAGCAGAACGAGAGUCUUUGGCGGAGCUCGCAAAGCACCUUGGAGCCAAUGUUCAAGAUUUCUUUGUGCGCUUCGCCAACCAAAAGAAAGGCAUGCUGGCUAGCACUCACUUGGUGUUGCAAAGUCCCGAAGGCACAAAGUACGAGGCAGCUAAGAAGUGGGGACUUCCUGCCAUCACUAUGCACUGGAUACUACAAUCUGCAAGCACCGGACAAAGAGCAGACGAGGAAUGUUUUCUGGUUGAUCUACCGCCCUCAUCAGAAAGAGAUGAGAGUUUUGUUUGUGGCUCCCAGAAGCUCUCCAAGCCUCCACCAGCUCGUUCCUCCCCAGAGAUCCCCCUGCUAGGUCCCCAGAGUGGUAAGGCUGUAACGCCAUUGGAUUUAGGGCGCUUCCAGAGCAAAGUGUUCCACUCCGUGUUGGACCAGAUGAAGCCCAAAGAGAACACCAGCACACCUGGACCAAACCAAGAAGGCAGCAGAAAUAACCGCCUUCAGAAGGAGACGCCCCUGCAGCUGGACACGCCCUCACGCUUCCUCAGCAGAGAACAGCUCUUCAGGCCGACUCUUAAUGUCAAGGAUGCACAAGGAGCGUUGGAGACUCCAGCUGGAAGAGCAAAACCAGGUCAGCGAGUGGAGACGCCACUCACCGAGGACAUCAACAGGAACCUGAAGGUAGCGCUGGCCAGUAGCUGCAGUCACACCUCCGAUAUGCAGGCAGUCUCUGCUAGCCCCCAGCUUACCACGACCACUGAGAAGGAGGCCCCAGAAGAAGAACCCGGCCCCUUGACUGGUGUUGUGAUCUGCGUGGGGAAGAAGCUGAGCAAGAUGCAGGGUGAACUUAAUGCCAUCGCUGCCUCACUUGGUGCAGAGUUCAGGUGGACAUGUGACGAUACAGUGACCCACUACAUUUACCAGGGUCGCGUCGGGGACAACACUCGAGAAUACAGAGGAGUGAAGGAGAGAGGGCUGCACGUGGUGUCGCAGCACUGGCUGCAAGCUUGUGCUGAGGAGCAGAAGUGUGUCUCAGAGUCUCUGUAUCCUUUCACCUACAACCCCAAAAUGAGCCUGACCCUCAGCCAGAUUCCGAGCUGCUCCCAGAGGUCACCACCCUUAACGCGCACACAAAUCAAAGACGGCACCCAGAACAACAAGUCUGAGCAUAAUGUCAUAGAAGAAGAAACAACCCCUCGCCGUAUCAGUGAUAUUGAGCCAGAUCAAGCAGAGGUGCGAGAUGCCACAGACAGUAGAGCUAUUACAGAGACUCUGGAAAUGAGGGAGAACUUGCAGAGGCAGCUCCAGGAGAUCAUGUCAGCCACCAAACUGACAACGGGUAGACGUACCUCAGUCAGAAUUGCCAGGAUGGGAUCAGGAGGGAACUCAUUGAGUCCCCAUACUCCUGACGGGGCCAGACUUGGACGCAGUGGGAGUACACGCACUCUGGAGGCUUUGAGGGUGUCCAGAGAUGCAGCUCUGGACAUAAACACAGAGCUGUCGCAGAGUGAGCAGAUUGUUUGGGAUGAUCCCACAGCGAGGGAGGAGAGGGCCAAGCUGGCUGACAACUUACAGUGGCCCGGGAGUCCCUCACAGUACUCGGAGCCCCUUGUUCCACCACCUCCCCCUACCACGCAGUCCAAAAUCGUCCCUCAGUUCAAGAACUCCAUGACCGACUCUGAGCUGGUCGAGAUGGCUGCUUGUGAUGUCAUCGAUCAGCAAAUGGGCCAGAAGGUCAUGACCCCACUGAGAGAGGAACCAAACAGUGACAUUCUCACUCCCAAAGCCCCCAGCAUCGCCUUCCCUCUCGCUAACCCCCUGGUAGCACCAGAGCCACAGGAGGACUGUGAGGAAGAAAAGCAGCCACCAAGAUUUCAGCUUUCGUCUCUCAGCCCUCAGGAACGCAUCGAUUACAGUCACCUCAUAGAGGAGCUUGGUGGCCUUGUGUUCGACAAGCAGUCUUUUGACCCCAGCUGCUCCCACAUCAUUGUAGGCAGUCCCUUACGCAAUGAGAAAUAUCUUGCUGCAAUGGCUGCUGGGAAAUGGAUCCUACACCGCUCAUAUUUGGAGGCCUGCCGCUCUGUCAGUCACUUCAUCCAGGAGGAUGAGUAUGAGUGGGGCAGUAGUUCCAUCCUGGACGCUUUACCCUCCAUCACCUCCCAGCAGAAGAGACUGGCUUUGGCUGCCAUGCGCUGGAGAAAAACUCUACAGAGCUGCACUGACAAGAAGGGAGCCUUCAGUGGAUGGACGGUGAUGCUGAACAUCGACCAGAACAGGGAGUCGGGGUUCAGGCGGUUACUGCAGUCUGGUGGAGCAAAGGUUCUGCCCAGUCCAUCUCCGUCCUUCUACAAAGAGGCUACUCAUCUGUUUGCAGAUUUUAGUCGACUGAAACCUGGAGACUUCCGAGUCGACAUAUCUCAGGCGACCUCACAAGGAGUCAUGUGCUUGAAGCCAGAAUACAUCGCGGACUACCUCAUGCAGGAGCCAACGCCUCCUAUUGAGCUGUACUACCUGAAGUCUGAAGCUCCAUCUGAUGAAAAUGUACGUACUCUUUCAUGUAAACGUAAAGCAGCUGCGGAUUCCUCCAAGCUGAAAAAGACCCGCCUUAACUGAAAAAUAUCAAUGCCAUUAGUUCCUAACAGUUCUAUGAAAUGUAUUAUAAAUUAUACUUUUACUUCUUGUAUAUAAAUAAAAUGAAUGUAGAAUUUA